CUCUCUCCUUCAUAAUGGCUGUAGUGGUGUGAACAAUCGGUCAUCUAAGAACAACGAAAAAAUCCGGAAGCAUCGUUUAGCAUCAUCACGUUGAAGGCUCGAUCGAGAGCAUGGACUCUCGGAGACUUUUAUCGAGAGCAUAAAGCCCUCCAUUCAUUUAUUAAUUAUUCGAAAAAUCAAGGAAUAGGAAAAAGCAACGAUCUAGCAGGCCAAGAUGUAUCUAUACAAUUUGACUCUUCAACGUGCCACGGGCAUCACGCACGCGGUGCACGGUAAUUUCUCCGGCAGCAAAAUGCAGGAGAUCCUCGUCUCCCGUGGUAAAUCGUUAGAGUUACUACGACCGGAUCCAAAUACGGGAAAAGUCCAUACCCUGUUGACCGUCGAGGUUUUCGGCAUUAUCCGAUCUCUCAUGGCGUUCAGACUUACCGGCGGGACGAAGGAUUACAUUGUCGUCGGAUCAGAUUCCGGGCGUAUAGUAAUAUUAGAGUAUAUUUCUGCCAAGAACAUCUUUGAGAAAGUACAUCAGGAGACUUUUGGCAAAAGCGGAUGUAGACGCAUUGUUCCUGGCCAAUAUCUUGCCAUUGAUCCAAAAGGAAGAGCAGUUAUGAUAGGUGCUAUCGAAAAACAGAAACUUGUGUACAUUCUUAACAGAGAUGCUGAGGCUCGUCUUACAAUCUCUUCUCCAUUGGAAGCUCAUAAGAGCAACACACUAGUGUAUCAUACAGUUGGUGUCGAUGUUGGUUUCGAAAAUCCUAUGUUUGCAUGUUUAGAGAUUGAUUACGAGGAAGCCGAUAGCGACCCUACGGGCGAUGCAGCAGUGAAAACGCAACAAACUCUUACACUGUAUGAGCUUGAUCUUGGUCUGAAUCACGUAGUGCGAAAAUACAGCGAGCCAUUAGAAGAACACGCUAACUUUCUCGUAUCUGUACCUGGCGGUAAUGACGGCCCAAGUGGUGUGCUCAUUUGUUCCGAGAACUAUCUUACAUACAAAAAUCUCGGGGAUCAGCAUGACAUACGUUGUCCGAUCCCGCGACGUCGUAAUGAUUUAGAUGAUCCCGAGAGAGGAAUGAUAUUCGUGUGUUCGGCUACACAUAAAACGAAGAGCAUGUUCUUCUUUUUGGCGCAGACGGAGCAGGGUGAUAUCUUCAAGAUUACCCUCGAAACGGACGAAGAUAUGGUCACUGAGAUCAAGCUGAAGUACUUCGAUACUGUACCCGUAGCAGCAAGUAUGUGCGUCUUGAAAACGGGAUUCCUGUUCGUCGCCUCGGAAUUCGGAAACCAUUACCUGUAUCAAAUAGCGCAUCUCGGAGACGACGAUGAUGAGCCCGAAUUCAGUUCAGCGAUGCCGUUAGAAGAAGGAGACACUUUCUUCUUCGCCCCGCGACCGCUCCGAAAUCUAGUAUUGGUCGAUGAAAUGGACAGUCUCUCGCCCAUAAUGGCUUGCCAGGUAGCAGAUCUGGCGAACGAAGACACGCCGCAAUUGUAUAUCGCUUGUGGACGAGGACCGCGAUCCACAUUGCGAGUGUUACGCCACGGUCUCGAAGUUUCCGAGAUGGCCGUGAGCGAGCUGCCUGGUAAUCCAAACGCUGUUUGGACCGUGAAGAGAAGAAUCGAUGAGGAAUAUGAUGCAUACAUCAUAGUCUCCUUCGUGAAUGCCACACUCGUACUCAGUAUCGGCGAGACUGUCGAGGAAGUGACGGACUCGGGUUUUCUCGGUACAACACCGACCUUGAGUUGCUCCGCCUUAGGCGAGGACGCAUUGGUGCAGGUAUAUCCUGACGGUAUACGUCACAUCCGAGCGGAUAAGCGUGUUAAUGAAUGGAAGGCACCUGGCAAGAAGACGAUCGUAAAAUGUGCAGUCAAUCAACGUCAAGUUGUGAUUGCCCUCACUGGAGGAGAACUAGUCUACUUCGAGAUGGAUCCUACCGGACAAUUGAACGAAUAUACGGAAAGAAAAAAGAUGCCCUCGGAAGUAAUGUGCAUGGCCCUCGGAAACGUUGCAGUUGGCGAGCAACGUUCAUGGUUCCUUGCUGUCGGUCUGCAGGACAAUACAGUGAGGAUAAUAUCGUUGGAUCCCUCAGAUUGUCUAGCUCCAAGAAGUAUGCAGGCGUUACCAGCAGCUGCGGAGAGUUUAUGCAUCGUGGAAAUGGGCGCUAAAGAGGCCGACAAUUCCGAGGAUGCGGCGCCACAGCAAUCCAGUUUGUACCUGAAUAUAGGUUUGCAGAAUGGUGUGUUGCUUAGAACUGUGUUAGAUCCUAUUUCCGGAGAUCUCGCAGACACGAGAACACGCUACCUAGGUUCUCGACCAGUGAAGCUCUUCAGAAUACGAAUGCAGGGUAAUCAGGCGGUGUUGGCGAUGAGCAGCCGGUCCUGGCUGAGUUAUUACCACCAGAAUCGUUUCCACUUAACGCCCCUGUCAUACGAGAGUCUUGAAUUCGCGUCGGGCUUCAGUUCUGAGCAAUGUCCAGAGGGUAUCGUCGCCAUAUCGACAAAUACAUUGAGGAUCUUGGCGCUCGAAAAACUAGGGGCCGUGUUCAAUCAAGUUAGCUUUCCACUGGAGUACACUCCGAGGAAGUUCGCAAUUCAUACAGAUUCUGCACACCUAAUAGUCAUAGAAACGGAGCACAAUGCUUACACGGAGGAGACAAAGCAACAGAGAAGACAGCAGAUGGCGGAUGAAAUGCAAGAGGCGGCUGGCGCCGAGGAGGCGGCUGUCGCUAGAGAAUUGGCGGAAGCUUUCAUGUCGGAGGAGCCAAACGAGGCGGUUUUCGGUGCCCCGCGAGCUGGCCCGGGAUUGUGGGCUUCCAUGCUAAGACUAAUGGCACCGACCACCGGAGAAACAUUCGAAGUGCAUCGUUUCGAGCAAAAUCUAGCCGCGUUAUGUCUUUGCCUCGUAAAAUUUGCCAAUCAAGGUGAUCAGUUGUUCCUCAUCGUUGGAGUCGCGAAGGAAUUUCAAUUAAAUCCUAGAGUUAGCAAUGGCGGUUUUCUUUACACAUACAAAGUAAAUCCAGACUGUACCAGUAUCGAACUGCUGCACAAAUCUCCGUUAGAUGAAGUACCGUUAGCCAUUUGUCCAUAUCAAGGCCGAGUAUUAGUUGGCGUGGGUAGAAUGUUACGGCUUUACGACAUGGGUAAAAAGAAAUUAUUGCGUAAGUGCGAGAACAAACAUAUACCGAACGCAGUCGUAUCCAUAAACGCAAUCGGCCAACGGAUCUACGUCAGCGACGUACAGGAAUCUGUAUAUGCAGUGAGGUACAAGCGCCAGGAGAAUCAGUUAAUUGUUUUCGCGGACGACACACAUCCUAGGUGGAUCACGACGACAUGCGUAUUAGAUUACGAUACUGUCGCCACCGCCGACAAAUUCGGAAACAUAGCUGUGAUACGAUUGGCGACUGGUAUUAAUGAUGACGUGGAUGAAGAUCCUACCGGAAACAAGGCUCUAUGGGAUAGAGGAUUGUUGAAUGGCGCCAGUCAAAAAGCGGACACAGUGGCGUGUUUCCACGUCGGCGAGACAGUGAUGUCGUUACAGAAGGCAACUCUCAUACCCGGUGGUUCUGAGAGUCUGGUUUACACGACCCUAAGUGGAACAGUAGGCGUGCUCGUGCCAUUCACAAGCCACGAGGAUCACGAUUUCUUCCAGCAUCUGGAAAUGCACAUGCGAUCAGAGCACCCUCCUCUGUGUGGCAGGGAUCAUCUGUCCUUCCGAUCGUACUAUUACCCUGUAAAAAAUGUCAUCGACGGUGAUCUUUGCGAGCAAUUCAACUCAAUCGAGCCUACUAAACAGAAAAGCAUCUCUGGCGAUCUCGAGAGAACGCCAUCCGAGGUGUCAAAGAAACUAGAGGACAUACGUACGCGUUAUGCUUUCUAAACUUUUCAAGAACUAUGUCUUUCGACGUACUGUUUUUUCAUAGAACUUGUGUUUCUGAUAUAUAGAUCUUGGAACAUUAUGGAUUCUAUUUUAGUCGUUCUUUUUGCAUAAUAUUGAAUUAAUAUGAUGCAUCUUUUUUUCAUUGAUCAUGCAAAUUAAAUUCUGUUACGUAUGUCGUCGCAUUCAAAACUGUAAAAAUUCAAUAUUUUCUACAUAAGUGAUAGCUUUAUUAUAUAGACGUAAACAUAAUUUUUAGAAUAUAUAUGUUAGCAUCAAGAUGUAAUGUAUAUUCAAUUUCUUUUAAGCAAACUGUCAGUAAUGGAAAAAAAAGUAACAGUAUUUUAAUAGCUUUAGGGCGACUCAUGUAAACUUUUUGUAUUUCCAUAACAAUUAGCGCAUCGCUAUAAAAAUUACGAGACAUUAAUUCGUAAGUGUGAAAAUCAGAUUUGGCUUUCCAUUAUGAAUAGACUUUAAUCAUAUUUGUGUAUCACACGACUGUAGAUAAAUGUAAUGACGUCAUUUCAUCACUAUGUAAACCGUAUAGAAAUUAACACAUUACCAUGUUUAAAUUGCAUCAGCGAAGCAAUCAAGUUGCAUCAAUGAAGCAAUUAAUUUCCGCUUAUUGUGGUCUUGCAAAUUUGCACAUUAAAUCAUUCUUCGAAUCUAAUCAA